CCUGCUGCCUCCGUCACUCCUCGCGGCCAGUGCCUCGCCCGCGCAUGCUCCGCGCCCAUACGCGCAUUCGACGCGAACCACAACCCGCUGUGUCUAAAACAUUCAAAACAAACCAAAUAUAAGUGUCAAACAAGUGAAGUGACAGAAAGAUCUAGUGAUGUGCUCGUAAAUAUCGACAUAUAAGAUGCCAACGAUGUGCAGUGCCAAAGAAAAUAAAGUGAUAUUAAAUAGACAAUAUCGUAUUAAUAACUGAUAAGUAUGGAAGGGGUGAGGGUAACGCACCAGGGCGUGCGGGCGCACUCGGCCGAGGGCUCGGCGGGGCGCAGCACGCAGGCCGGCCUCGCCGCCCGCAGCCAAGCAGGGACCGCCGCCAAGGGCAUGCCCAUCAAAGGCCACGAGGACCUCUGGGUGGAGAUCCAGGCCAACACCUUCAGAAAUUGGGUCAACGAGACCCUGAAGCCAAUGAACAUAAAGGUUCUAGAUCUAGUAGAAGAUUUACGAGAUGGCACAGUUUUAUGUGCGCUGGUGGAAGCCCUGCAAGGCCGGAAGCUGAAGGGCUGGAGUCACAACCCAACGAACCAACACCACAAACUGGAGAAUGUCACCACGGCGCUGCAGGCCAUUGAAGAUGAUGGAGUCAAACUUGUUAAUAUCGGUAACGUCGACAUCGUGAACGGUAAUCUGAAACUCAUACUCGGUUUGAUUUGGUCUCUAAUCGUCCGCUACCAGAUCGGGCGCAGCAAAUUCCCACCAAGAAAGUUGAUGCUAUCGUGGCUGCAGGCGGCGAUGCCGGAGUGCCGCGUCAACAACUUGACGACCGAUUGGAACAGCGGCGUACUCCUCUCCGCAUUACUCGACUACUGCAAACCGGGCAUUUUCCCGCACUGGCGGGAACUCAACCGUCACGAGGCUGUUGAGAACUGUCGGCGCGCGAUGAGGCUAGCGCACCGCGAGCUGGAGGUGCCGAUGGUGCUGGAGCCGGAGUACCUGGCCUCACCCUGGCUGGACGAGCUGUCCGGAAUGACGUACCUCUCCUACUUCAUGAAGCCAGAUUCCCCCGGAUUCAAAUCAACUCUCGAAUGGGUCAACUCGAGACUAGAAAGAGGAAUCACAAAUUUCACUACUGACUGGAAUGACGGUCGGGUGUCAAACGAGCUGGUGCGCUCGCUUGGAGGCCCUGCACCACCUCCCAGCCGGCUUCGGAGAGACCCUGCCCGGUGGGAGGAGAACAACCAGAUGGCUAUCGACGCUGCUAAAAAAAUUGGUGUGCAACCAGUACUGUCAGCUCGUGACCUCAGCCAGAGCGAUGUUGAGCACCUAGGGGUGAUGGCGUGGGCCACACAGCUUAAGAAUGUGCCCCCACGUCCGCCUGUACAUGACAUGUUACGAGUCGCAUUGGAUUCCACCUCUGGAAGAGUUGGAGAACCUACGUACAUUAAGAUCGAGAGUGUGUCAAACGACUUGUCCAUAUCUGACGUGAAGGUCUCUAUUGUGAACCCUCUGGAGCAGGAGUCUAGACUGAAACUCGAUGCACGAGGCGCCGGCGAGUUCGUCCCCGAACAUGCUGGCAUGCACGAAAUAGUCCUCACAGUUGACGAUAUCAGGGUGGACGGAAGAUAUUUCUUCAGGGUAUUACCAAGGCUCGUGUCUGUGCCUCCGCCAGGCAUGGCGCCGUGUGCCAUAGGGAGCAUCGUGGAAGUGCUAGUCAGUGCUACAGGAGCACCAAGAAGAGAAGACAUCGACGUGACAGCUCACUCGCCCAGCGGUCGCGCGGUGCCGUUAGAGCCGCGUCACCCGCCGCCCUCCGCGCCCGGCACCACCGCCUCCAGCGCCACCUUCCAGCCCGACGAGGCUGGCACCUGGACCAUCGCUAUCACUUAUAAAGGAGAUCAUAUACAGGGAGGGCCAUUCACUUGUGAAGUUUUUGAUCCUCAUGGAGUCCGGUUAAGCCCGGGAGCUUUGGAAGGCGCAGAGCCUCUUAAGCCUCACUCUUUUGAACUGGAUACUAGCGGGUGUGGAGUAAAGGGUGACUUACAGCUGGACAUAGUGCAUGACAAGAGAAGUGUCAUGUGCGCGCUGGAGAAACUCUCCGCUACCAAAUACCGCGCUACCUUCAUGCCUAAGGCACCUGGAAAACAUAGGUUGUAUAUCUACUUCAACGGGUACGAUGUUCACGGCUCCCCGCACAUGUUCAGGGUGGGCUCCCGGUCUAAGAAGCCUCGCGACAGCUCCAGCCCCUCACCAGCUUACGCAAGGAUAUCUAGUCCAGUAACGCGUUUGAGAUCCGAGAGUCCUAUGAAUCAGUAUAAUUUAUACGAAUCAAACAAACACAGUACGAAUUCAGUCGACCGUCGGGAAGAGAGACGUGAUUCCAGCGAUUAUUACAAGUCCACUUACGGGUCGGAUGUCAAAGAAAAGAAUUACGACGUGACGGAUUCCGCGUACUCAACAUCAAAGGCCACUAAGAAGGAAACUUACACGAGAUACGGGUCAGAGAGUCCGAGAAACAGGACUGCGAGUCCAAUAACGACGAAACAUUUGGGGAACGGGUCCCGGUUGGACGUGAACAGGUCUGACAGCCCAUAUCGAGCGAGCUCCCCGUACCGCGCCACCAGUCCGGUAGGACGGACCUCGAGCCCCCUCGGCAGGAAAGAAAGCCCGCUGAACAGAACCGCCAGCCCUAUUAUAAGGGUGAACAGUCCGACGGAGAGAUACGGCAGCCCGGUCACGACCACGAAGCGUGUAGUGGAGAAACGUUCCAACUACAAGAUGUACAGUUCGUACAGCGGUUCCCAGGACAAUUUGGACCAGAGCCCACUCUCGUCCCUGGAAAACGAUCGCGCCAGGAGGCUCGGCAGCCCUAGUCCAGGUGACCCCGGCGGGAAGUCCUAUCACCCGCGCAGAGACCGGGACAGCAUAGAAAAAACAAGACAAAUGAUGAGCAGCCACAGCCUGGAUACAAACCCGCCGGAACGUUUUCCGGGACAGAGCACGCUGGACCGAGAAACGAAACGCAACACGCAACUGAAUAAGUUCACCGAUUACUCUCGUGACUCGUUUAAUAGACAACUUGAUCGGUUGGCAGACGAUAGAGACUCCGACACGUAUACUAGCAGGCAAGAGUUCAGUAAGCGCGAAGUCCGUGAGAGCACGUACGUGGUGCGCGACUCUUCGUACAGCAGCGUGGAGGAGAAGCAGCAGCAGCAGUCUUUUUUAUCCAAUAGGCCCCCCCGCGACCCUACCGGGGGGGCCCGCACUGAAACGGAUGCCGCACACGCACGUUUCAGACCAAUUCAAAGGGAUAAUAACAGAGGUGCAAAAGGAAUAAUUGUACAACCAACUUAUAAAGGAAUUGUAGGACAACCAGUGGAGUUCAUAGUGGAUGGUAGUACGGCCGGGCCGGGGCACUUGGAGCUCGAGGUGUCUGGCGGUAAUGGCGCGCUGGUGGCGAGCUCAGUGCGGCCCCUCGGCGGUCACCGGUACGCCGCCGCGUUCACGCCGCGCCUGCCGCGACCGCACACCGUCAGGGUCACGUUCAACGACGAGCAUGUACCUGGAUCCCCGUGGAAGGUCGAGGUGAUGGCAGGGCCUGCGGGGGGCGGCGGGGGGGAGCCCACGCGGCUGAUCCCUGCGAGAGUGCCGGCCGUCUUCGAGAUAUCAACCUCGCCAGGAACCGCUAGUUUUAGCAAGAAUGAGGUUGGUGUGACUGUCACGGCUCCGUCUCGCCGGCCAGUGACUGCGCGAGUGCUCGACGUGGCUGAAAGGCCUGGGGUCUACCGCAUAGAGUUCACGCCCGAAGAAGUCGGAACUCACCUCAUUGAUGUCUCGAUCGCAGACGACAAGUUGGCAGCUGGUCCACUUGUGGCUAAAGUGUAUGACGCCAAUCUCAUCAAAGUGACAGACGUCGGAAACGCCGUCGUCGGUCAACAAUGCCAAUUCAGAGUGGAUGCGAGUGCUGCUGGAGAAGGCCAGCUGGAAAUCUCAAUAAACGAAGGCGAAGUUCCUAAUCACGUGCAGGUGGUUGGCGGUGGACGUUGCCUUGUAUUCUGGCGACCAGAAGCAGCUACUCCUCACCGAGUAGACAUCAAGUUCAAUGGAGAACCUGUGCCAUCAUCACCUUUCAUCUUCCACGUAGCCCCCGCGCAAAGGGUUACUAUCGAUACGUCGCAAGUUGAACUAAUUCCGGUGGGUGAAGUCGCAUCAUGUUCAGUUCGAGUCGAAGGCUCGGCUGGUGGCGAGCUAACAGUGACGGUGCGAGGCCCCAGAGGCGAAGUCCCUGUCAGGUUGACUGGAGACGCGGUCACUGGUCUGGUAGCCAGCUUUACGCCGAAAAAUGUCGGCCCGCACACACUAACAGCGCAAUACAACAGCCAAAUAGUUCCGGGUACACCAUUUGUCUGUAAAGCUUAUGACAGUAAACUAGUGAGUGUUAGUGGUGGUAAUGCUGCCCGUGUUGGCGCGCCAGUGCAGCUGGCAGUGGAUGCCGCACAAGCAGGUGAAGGGAACCUUGAGAUCACAGUUGCCGCCCGUGGACUUAAUAUACCUACACAAGUACACCCACAGGGUAAUGCUAGAUUCAUGGUAUCAUUCACACCAACAGAAGCCUGUGAUCAUGUCGUCAAUGUGUCAUUUAAUAAAAUGCGCGUGCCCGGCUGCCCGCUCGUCAUCCAAGUGUCGGAAGGCGGGGGAGGCGGCGCGCGCGUGGCCGUCCCGGGCCCGGCGCCGCUACACCGCCCCGCGGCCCUCACGCUGCACCACCCCUCCGCCACGCUCGACCAGAUUGAAGUUAACGUUGAGGGGCCCAACGGCGCGUCGGUGCCGGCGGCCGUGUCCGCGGCGGGCGCGGGUGUCUUCCGCGCUGAGUUCGUGCCCCGGGCUGUGGGCGAACACCGCCUCAACGUGCUCGUUGAUUCCGUGCCUAUUCCUGCUAGCCCAUUCCAUCUCAAGGUGUACGAUGUUUCCGCCAUAAGAGUUAAAGAUGUAACACAUGGCACCGUCGGAAAACCUGUUACAUUUUUGGUGGAGACGAUGGCAGCGGGACCAGGCAACUUGGAAGUCACAGUAAACGGCGGGCGCGUGCCCACAGCGGCCGCCGCGCAGGGCGCGCACACAUACGCCAUCAGUUUCACGCCGCGAGACCCGCGCCCGCAUACUGUCGAACUCAGGUUCAAUGGGGACCAUGUGCCUGGCAGUCCAUUCGUAUGCCACGUGUCGGCGCCAGCGCGCGUUAUCGGCGCGGGCUCUGGUGAGAGUCCCGACAAGGUGUCCGUGGGAGAGACGUACACGUUCAGCGUGGACUCGCCUACCUCACCACAUGUGGAAGUGCUGGGACCUGCUAGACGACCAGUUUCUGUACAGGUAUCCGCUGAAGAAACAAUCGGUGAGAAUGAGGCUAGUAAAAGAUAUACAAUCUCAUUUGUACCCGUCGACGUUGGAGAUCACAGUAUAGAGGUGCGUGCGGGUGCUAUGGGUGGCCACGUGGAAGGCAGUCCGUUCCUCGUGAAGGCGUACAGCGCGGCGAGGGUCAACGUCACAGAUAUCUCGCCCGGCGUCGUCGGACGACCUGUGUCUUUUACCAUCAACGCUUCGCACGCAGGUGCCGGAAAUUUGGAAAUUAUAGUAGCUGUUAAUGGAAGAAAUGUGCCAAAUUAUGUACAAAGCGAAGGCAAUGCUAGGUUUAAAGUAAACUUCAAGCCAGUAGAAGCGGCCCCGCACACGCUGUCGGUCCGGUUCAACGGCCAGGCCGUACCGGGCUCGCCCUUCACAUGCGCCGUGUCUGCGCCGGCCGCCGCCGCCGACGCGCGCGCUACCGGACCCGGUCUCGUCUCCACACCACGCGCGGAACCCGCGGAGAUCACACUCACAGGGUUCCAAACAGGCGAGCCGACGGUGUACGUGGCGGGUCCGGGCGGCAGUACGGUCCGUACGCGGUUGUCUCCCGUGGGCGAGGGCCGCUACACGGCGACGUACACGCCGGACGCGGUGGGGCGCCACACGGUGCAGGUCACGUGCGCGGGCCGCCAUGUGCCCGGCUCGCCGUUCACGUGUAACGUGUAUGAUGUGCGACGAGUCAGGGUUACUGGGCUUGGACCUGGAGAGCUAGAAGGUACACUAGAAGGGCUAAGUCUCGAUGAAGGUGCGGACGAAGAGCGAGGCGUCGAAGUCGGCAAGCCGGUCACGUUCAGCGUGGACGCAGCCGGCGCCGGCGAAGGUACGCUGGAACUGGUCGUGUCUACACCGACGACUACUGUUAAAGCUGAGGUCGUUGCCGUAGCCCGCGGAUUGUAUGACGUGACAUUCGUGCCAGUGUCACGCGAGCCUCACCGCGUGUCGGUCACGUUCAAUGAGCAAGCUGUGCCAGGAAGUCCGUUUGUAUGCCGAGUCAGCGAACCACACACAUAUGUGCAAAUUGGUGGCAUAGCAACAGUCGAAAUUGACGAAAACUUAUCAGAUAUAGAAGUAAUAUCCCCAACUGGGACUCGAGUGGCCGAAGCACAUUUGGAGGAUACCGGUCUCCUUACAUUCCCGGCGGGCCGCGUCGGUAGAUACGUGGUGAAGAGCGCCAGAGGGCCAGUCGCUGAUGUUGAGGCGUUGGACGCGUCGGCUGUUAAAGUGUUGUCCAUCGGUGACGCUGUGGCACAUAGACCAGCUAUACUUACUGUGAGCACGAACGGCGCGGGCAACGGUCGCCUAUCCGGCCGCGUGACAUGCGGCGGCGCGUUCGUCCCGCACUCGGUGCGGCGGCGCGGCGGCGCGCGCCAGGAGCUGGUGUGGCACCCCGCGCGCGCCGCGCCGCACCGCCUCACGCUGCUGUGGAGCGGCGCGCCCGUCAGCAACGAGCCGCUGCUGGUCGAUGUGCAGCCCGCGCAUCAUGGCCAGGAGGUAGCAGCAUCAGGUCUAGGACUAUAUCAGGCGCAGAUCAACAAAGUAGGCUCAUUCAGUAUCGACACGCUCGGCCGUCCAGCCAGAGAGUUCGACGUCGUGGUCUCCGGGCCAGGGUCCAGAGCUUUACCUGUGCGCUGCUAUCAAACCAAGUCGGGACUGUUGCAAGCGGAAUAUACCAUCACUGAAGUCGGACAAAGCACAAUAGAGGUACUACACCUGUCAAAACCUGUAUCUGGGAGCCCGUUCACAUGCGAGUCGUUUGACCCCAACAGAGUCAUUAUAUCUGGAUUACCUACAGGGAAUAUCGUUGCACAGACACCUAUUAACUUCACUGUUGACACAAAAGACGCUGGUGUGGCGGAACUGGAGGUGAUAUGCGAAGCUAUGGGUGAACGUCGUAUCCGUCUGCCAGUUGAUAUUAGAGAGGACGGACAAACUUACAGGGUGCGGCUGAGACCCUCAGUGCCAGCGCAUUACAGAAUAUACAUUACUUAUGGAGGAGCCAACGUGUCGGGCAGCCCGGUGUCGCUGGGCGUGCUGAGCGCGCGCGCGGGCGGCGGCGCGCGCUGCGCGGGCACGGGGCUGGCGCACGCGCACGUCGGCAAGGAGGCCGCCUUCACCAUACACGCUGGCGACGACGCGCCGCCCACCGUGCAGGUUGAACGGCUAACAACGGAUGAGAAGGAUGAUAAAGAGAGCUCAGACACUGGCCUACUAGAGUGUAGAGUGGUGGCCGGCGCGCCGCGAGAGUGGCUCUGCGCGUACAUACCGCUCGUGGUGGGCUUAUACGAGGUCAGGAUAUUCACCUCAGCUGGACCUCUGCCCGGCAGCCCGUUCUCUGUCAAGGUGAUAGACACAUCAGCCAUAGUACCUGUCGGUGGUUGGGGCACAGACAACUCUGGUCGAGUGCGAGCACCUUCCAAACUGGUACUGGACACCAGCAACGCUGGACCCGGCACGCUAGAGUGUUUGCUAGCUGGCAGGCAUCAACGCGUGGAGACAGUAUCAGGUCGCGCCGUAGUGACGCUGGCAGGCGGGUCUGGGUCAGCCGGCGGCGAGGCGGAGCUCGAGCUGACGUACAACGGCGCGCUGGUGGCGGGCGCGCCGCGCCGCGCGCUGCUGGCCGCGCCCGCCAGCGCGGACCGCGUCACGCUGGCCGGCCGCGGCCUCGCGCACGCCGCGCCGCACACGCCCGCCGUCUUCACCAUCGAUGGCAGUGCAGCAGGGCCCGGCGCCCCCGAGGCGUCGCUGAUGUCCCCCGAGGGGGACAGCAUCCCCGUGGCGCUGGCGGCGGCGGGCCCCGGCCUGUGGCGCGCCACCUACACGCCGCGCCGCGCCGGCGACCACCAGCUCAGAGUGCUGUGGGCUGGACGACUUGUUAAAGGUUGUCCCCUGUCGGUGAGCGUGUCGGCGGGCGGCGCGGGCGCGGGCGGCGGCGACGCGUCCCGCGUGGUGUGCUCGGGCGCGGGGCUGGCGGGCGGCGUGCUGGGCCGCGAGCUGCGCGCCUGGCUCGACACGCGCCGCGCCGGCCCCGGCGAGCUCACCGCGCACUGCACCGGACCCAACAAGGUGGCGUACUGCGAGCUAUACGAGCACGGCGACGGCACGUUCACGCUGAACGUGAAGCCGGCGGAGGCGGGCCGGCACAUGCUCAGCAUACAGUUCGCCGGGGAACACGUGCCCGGCUCGCCCUUCGUGCUCAAGGUGGCCGGGGCCCCAGACCCCUCGAAGGUUCGCGUGUACGGUCCGGGCGUGGAGCCGGGCGUGCUCGCCACGUUCCAGUCCCGCUUCCUGUGCGACACGCGCGGCGCGGGCGCCGGCCAGCUCACGGUGCGCGUGCGCGGGCCCAAGGGAGCCUUCCGCGUAGAGAUGCAGCGCGAGAGCCAGAAGGACCGCACUAUACUGUGCAAGUUUUCACCCACCGAGCCCGGCGACUACCGCGUGGAAGUGCGAUGGGCCAACCGCCACGUUCCCGGCUCGCCAUUCCCCGUCAUGAUAUUCGACACCCAGGAGGAACUGCGCCGCUACAUGCAAGCGUCCGCCGCUUGACAACACAAUCACUCAAACAAUAUUUACACAAAUAUUGAUACUAUGAAGUAAUAAUAAUAACCUUUUAAAUGCCAACAGUCAACACACAAGACAUUUUUUUAAUGUUCUGUGUGCCCAAAAGACGCGUUAUCGGUUUGCUUUUUUUUUCUAACUGACCAUGUGUUGUCAACAUUUUGUAUUUCUCUAAUACAUUACGUAUGUAUCGUUAACUGAACGAACAAAUUUUUGUAUCGUAAAGCGUUGUUCAUAAAUUCUUCCAUGAAUUACUGUAUUGUAAUAGUGAUUCUUUAUAACAUUCCGUCCAUAUGUAAGUGUAGCUAGUAGUAGGCAAAACUAUAUUCUUCAGUUGUCAUCUAUGGGAAGCCGCCAUGAUCGGAAUAAAGUAUUUAAAUUAUAAUAUAAUAGUCUAAUAGAAUCUCUGUAUUGUCUAUAAGUACAUACAUUCUAAUGCAAAAUUCUAAAUGUAAUUUAAGAGAUAAAUGCAUAAUACUUUGUUAAUAUUUAUUAAUAAUGACAUUUAGGUUUACAUGAUUAACUUAACUUGUAACUAACGAGGUAUUUGUUUAUUGUUAUUACGGCGUCAAAUGCUUUAACCACACAAAUGUAUUUGACACCGUAAGCUGCUGAAUUAUUCAGUUACUAAUUGUUAAUAAAUUGAACUUU